UAUUUCUCUAUUUGAAUAAUUAAUUUCAUUUACUUCACGACGUAAACAGUACCUUGACUUUAUUUCCGUAAAAUGUUUCAUAAACGAAUUUUGCUUAGUUGAAAAGUUUUUAAAAUUGUCUACACUUUAUGUCUUAACCUAUUACAUAAAGAAGAAAUGAGAAUUGGUUGGAUUCAGAGGUUAGUAAACAAAUGGCCUGGAAAAAAGACUUUUGGGAUGUAUAGGUUCUUGCCUAUGUUUUUUGUCCUCGGUGCAGCAUUAGAAUUUUCAAUGAUCAAUUGGAAAGUUGGUGAAGUUAAUUUUUAUACUACUUUUAAACGUCGUCAAGCAAAAGAUAUAAUUGAAGAUAAAAUAAAGAAGUACACCGCAGUUUAA